GACUAUGCUGUUUUUUAAUGACAGUCAUGUCAAAUAAUUUUAAUUAAAUUUAUAAUGUUCAAAAUUCUAGUUUUAUAAAUAUUAUAGCUUUGAAAUAUAUAAUAUGGCCACACAGUGUAAAAGUGCAGUAUGCAAUCCACCACAUUUGCGGGGUAUGGAGAUGAUUCCUGUUCGACCAGAAAUAAAAGAAAAAUGUCAAGAGCUUAUUAUUACAGACGACAAAAUGAAAACGUAUAUGAAGGCAUUUCUUGAAAAUAUUGAAAGAGGUUUAAAAAAAUCAACACAUCCCAGUUCUAUUGUAAAAUGUUUUCCAACAUAUGUUCAAGAUCUGCCAGAUGGUACUGAAAGUGGAAAAUAUUUAGCUCUUGAUUUAGGUGGCAGUAACUUCAGAGUUUUAUUGGUAGAAAUUAGCAACAGGAAGUACACAAUGGAUCAAAAAGUUUAUAGUAUACCACAAGAAAUCAUGACAGGACCUGGUGAUCAAUUAUUUGAUUUUAUUGCUGAAUGCUUAGCAGAAUACACUAAAGAAAAAGGAGUCCCUAACGAUAACCUUCCCUUAGGUUUUACUUUCAGUUUUCCACUAGAGCAAAGAGGGCUUAAGGUUGGUAUAUUAGAACGCUGGACGAAAGGCUUUAGCUGCGAAGGUGUAAUUGGUAAAGAUGUAGUACAAUUGUUAAACGAUGCUAUUGCCAGAAGAGGAGAUGUAAAAAUUAACAUAGUUGCAGUUCUAAACGAUACUACAGGUACUCUUAUGGCAUGUGCUUUUAAAGAUUUAGAUACAAGAAUAGGCCUUAUUGUUGGUACCGGUACCAAUGGUUGCUAUGUGGAGAAACAAAUUAAUGCAGAACUGUUUGAUGAACCAGACAGAGGUUCUGGAAACGUUAUUAUAAACAUGGAAUCUGGAGCUUUUGGUGACGAUGGUGCAUUAGAUUUUUUAAGAACUCAAUACGAUAGAGACGUUGACGGUAGAUCCAUAAAUGCUGGUCGACAGUUACACGAAAAAAUGAUAUCAGGUAUGUAUCUUGGAGAACUAGUUAGACUAGCAGCAGUUAGAUUUACCAACGAAGGAAUUCUAUUUGGAGGUAAACUUUCUGAUGAUUUUAAAACACCCGAUAAAUUUGAAACUAGAUUUGUUUCUGAGAUUGAAGCUGAUCCACCAGGUGUGUUUACUAAUGUAAAAGAUAUUAUUAACAGUUUGGGAAUGACGCAUGCAACUCAACAAGAUUAUCAUGAUAUUAAAUACCUAUGCCAGUGUUUUUCAAGAAGAGCUGCCGUAUUAGUUUCGUGUCUCAUUACAGUUUUAAUACGAAGGAUGGCUUAUCCCAAAACGACAAUAGGAAUAGAUGGAACACUUUACAAAAAUCAUCCCCACUUUCAUAAUAUAUUAAUGUCACAAGUAGAAAUGCUUUUGAAACCGGAUCCAUACAAGUUUAACAUUUUACUUUCUGAAGAUGGUAGCGGAAUUGGAGCUGCGUUAAUUGCUGCUGUGGCUGGAAAAUAUGGUCCAGCAACUGAAGGAGUUCCUUCACCAAAUCCUGCUCCUACUUUUGUGCCUGAUCCGUCUCCUGAAGGAGACUUACCACAAGCGGAACAAUCAGUUACAGAAGAAGUCCAACCAGAAUCAGAUGUACCUGAAGAAGAACCCACAGAGGAAGAAGCUGAAGGUGAAGAAGGAGAAGAUGUACCAGUAGCGGAAGGUUAAAUCCAAAAUAAUUUUAUAUGCAUACCUCUGAGAGUUUUCUAGUAGAUACUUUUAAACCUUGUGUAAAAUAAUGUAUAUAACUAGGUAUCUGCCUAAAUAAACAAAUUUUAACUUU